UAUAAUCCCACUCACAACCUCCCGUUGCUGCUAAUCCCCUGAUUAAACAUACUGUCAUCAUAAUUUACCUCUCUCAAAAACUACGAAUUACCCUAAAAAUGAAAUUUUUACGAGUCUUUUUAAGGUGACGUUUCAGUUGCUGCGCGAGUGUUCGAUCAAAUCUCAAUCGAAUCGAUACUGCGCAUAGAAGUAGAUUCGCUAAUACGUGAUAGUGAGGGCACACCGAGUUUUAUGAUUUGCGUUUGAGAGGGUGGAAAAUGGGGAAAAUUGACGGAAUCUAGGGUUUUGAGGGGGCCCUUUUUUUGAAUUUAGGGAAAAGGGCCCAGGGUAAGAAAGAUGAAGGAUUUGCUCGGUAGCCCUGGAACUGUGUGUGGAUUGAUGCUGAGGAUUGGGCAAUGUUUGUUUGCAGCUGGUUCCAUUGGAGUUAUGAUUUCUGCUGUUGGCUUUUCUAAUUUCACUGCUUAUUGUUAUCUUAUUGCAUCAAUGGGGCUUCAAGUAUUUUGGAGCUUUGGGCUUGCGUGUCUUGAUAUAUAUGCUUUGCGGAUAAAAAGAGACCUCCGGAAUCCAGUCCUAGUUAGCCUUUUUGUUGUUGGUGAUUGGGUAACGGCUACCUUAUCCCUUGCUGCUGCGUGCUCGUCAGCUGGGAUUGCAGUUUUGUAUGCAAAAGACUUGAAAUUUUGUACAGGUCCAACGCAUCUCCCAUGUCAAAGAUUUGAACUGGCCAUUGCUCUAGCGUUCGUUACGUGGUUCCUUAUCGCCAUGUCGUCUCAUGUUAUGUUCUGGAUAUUAGCAUCAGUUUAACUGUUCAGAUUCCCCAAAGCAAUUUAUCAUGUAAAUCUGAAGUGCAGUCGUAAUAUUGGAACAGUUUUAAUGUAUUUUUGUCUGAUUUUAGAUAUUGUCACUUUAAAUUAAUAUCUGUAUUUUGUUCCCUUCAA